AUGCGCCCGUUUUUGGCCAUCCUUCCCGGUGUUGCUAAAUCUGAGCGAAAGGUGCUUUGGACUGCCGUCACGCUCUUCAUUUUUCUUGUGUGCUCGCAAGUCCCACUUUAUGGAAUCAUGAGCAGCGAAUCUUCGGAUCCAUUCUACUGGAUGCGCGUCAUCAUGGCCUCGAAUCGCGGGACCCUUAUGGAGUUGGGCAUCACCCCGAUCGUUACAUCAGGGCUGAUUUUGCAGCUUCUUGCCGGUGUCAACAUUAUCGAGGUAGAUCAGUCUGUAAAAGAAGAUCGUAUUCUUUAUGCCGGAGCGCAAAAACUUCUUUCUGGCUUCUAUGGCGACCCAAAUGAAAUCGGUGCUGGUGUUUGUCUUUUGCUUAUUAUGCAGCUUUUCAUUGCUGGAGUUCUGAUCAUUCUUCUUGAUGAGCUUCUUGAAAACGGAUAUGGCCUUGGCUCUGGCAUUUCUUUAUUCAUCGCGACGAACAUUUGCGAAACAAUUAUUUGGAAAAGCUUAUCGCCCACAACGUACAACACGGGCAAAGGAACCGAAUUCGAGGGUGCCGUCAUUGCUCUGUUCCAUCUUUUGAUCACCAGAGACGAUAAAUUGAGAGCGCUUAAACACGCCUUUUUCCGAACCAAUCUUCCAAACAUUUCAAGCUUAAUUUCGACUGUGCUCGUAUUUGCAGUCGUCAUUUACCUGCAAGGUUUCCGCAUCGAAUUGCCGGUGAAAAACAUGCGCAUGCGUGGCCAGCAAGGCACUUAUCCGAUCAAGCUCUUCUACACCUCCAACAUGCCAAUUAUGCUGCAAAGUGCCCUCAUCUCAAAUACCUUUUUUAUUUCACAAAUGUUGUAUAACAAGUUCCCUCAUAAUUUGCUUCCCUAUGAGGGAACUAGCCAAUUUUUUGCCGUCGGCGGUCUUUCCUACUACAUCACCUCCCCGCAUUCCUUUUUUGAGAUCUUUACGGAUCCAAUCCACUUUAUKGUCUAUUUAAUCUUCAUUUUGAGCUCCUGUGCUCUUUUUUCGAAGACUUGGGUUGAGGUGUCUGGAUCUUCUCCCCAAGAUGUGGCCCGUCAGCUUAAAGAUCAGCAAUUGACUCUGCCUGGGCAUCGUGAGGGUUCACUAAACAAGGAGCUCAAGAAGCUUAUUCCAAUGGCUGCCUCCCUGGGCGGUCUUACCAUCGGUGCUUUGUCGCUUACUGCUGACCUUACCAAAGCCAUAGGCACCGGUACAGGGAUCCUUCUAGCCGUUACGAUCAUUUAUCAGUACUUUGAAAAGUUUGCCAAAGAGCAAGCAGAGCAAGGCGGUCUUGAUACGUUGUUUCUUAGUUGA